CACCUUUAAGCGAGGUUUUUUUUUUAAAAAUUGAUUUAUUUUUCGUCAUCAGCCAGUUCGGGCGGCCGUUGGCUGUGCCGAAGAGCUCCGCCUCGUCAUUGAGGGCAAAAGCAAGCGAAGUGACUUUUACACACCGUGCGGGGAGCCGAGGUGGUGGACAGAGGGUGGGAGGAGAAGGGGCCGUUUUUUUUUUAUUUCGCAGCCAGCGGUUCGCUUUCCCUUUGCUCCCCCUGGAAUGCAAUAGUUGAUUGAAUUUCAGAUUUUACUUUUUAUUUGUUUGCACGCCAGUUAAAUCAACAUUUUGUUUGCAAUUUCAAAACGAAAACAAGAUUCGUAUCGCAAACAAAUAGGAAGCAUGUGGCAGUAAGGCUAAGGUGUGCUUUUACAGGGCUCCAGUUGAAAUUGAGGGCUGGGGAAAAAAAUAUUUUGUGCUGUAAGAACGAUUCUAUUUAUUCGCAUUUCGUGAAGCGUGCAUGGUGCAAAAGGCACAGGAUCGGUGUAAGCUCCGUUUCUGAGCUCGAACAAGGAAGUGUUGUUGUUGCUGCAGCUGGGAGCGUUUGUUUAGUGUGCGAGGAGUUGAGGACAGCGCGCAAAACCAAGGCUUUGCGAAUUCGCCUCCCGCUGCCCUUUCCAGAUCUAGGCAAGCUACAUAUACUUUAGAUACCUAGAAAUAUAAAAAAAAGGUAAGCCAACAAUGAUCCCCGAUCGAGCCCCGCAAGGAGAUGUAUAUCUUGCUCCGAAUGAUUUGAUAAAAAAAGCUCACGUACCAAAUUUUGAAAAAUACAAAGAGCUCUACAUGAAGUCGAUGGAAAGCCCGGAAGAGUUUUGGGGGAGCAUCGCUGAUGAAUUUUUCUGGAAGACCAAGCAUUCGGGCCGGUUUCUGGAUUAUAACUUCGAUGUAACGAAAGGCAGCAUCUACAUCAAGUGCAUGGAAGGAGCUACAACCAACAUUUGCUACAACCUCCUGGAUAGGAAUGUGAAUGAGAAGAAACUGGGCGAUAAAAUUGCAUUCUUUUGGGAAGGGAACGAGCCUGGAGAUGAUCUUAAAGUGACGUACCGUGAAUUACUGCAACAGGUCUGCAAAUUCGCCAAUGUGCUGAGAUCGCAAGGUGUGAAGAAGGGGGAUCGGGUGUCCAUUUACAUGCCCAUGAUCGUGGAGCUGGUGGUGGCUAUGCUGGCCUGCGCUCGCAUUGGGGCCGUGCACUCCAUUGUGUUUGCAGGAUUUUCUGCUGAAUCCCUCUGUGAGCGGAUCGUGGACUCGCAGUGUUCCCUUCUUAUCACGGCCGAUGGGUUUUACCGGGGAGACAAGCUCAUCAACUUGAAGCUGAUUGCUGAUGAAGCACUCCACAAAUGCAGAGAAAAGAAAUUCCCCGUGAAGCGGUGCAUCAUGAUCAAGCACCUGUCCAAAGAUGAGGUCAACUGGGAGCCUGUGGCCAGCUCCCAGUCUCCCCCAGCGAAAAGACCGUGUCCUGACCUGCAGCAGGAGAGACAGAAUGAGAGAGUAAAGAAAAUCCGCCCCAAACCCAAGGUGCCCUGGAAUCCGGAUGUGGACCUGUGCUGGCACACGCUGGUGAAGGACGCCGCGGACGACUGCGAGCCGGAGUGGUGCGAUGCCGAGGACCCCCUCUUCAUCCUCUAUACCAGCGGCUCCACUGGCAAACCCAAGGGUGUGCUGCACACAGUAGGGGGAUACCUGAUUUACACUGCUGCCACCUUCAAGUAUGUGUUUGACUACCAGCCAGAGGAUGUGUACUGGUGCACAGCGGAUAUUGGCUGGAUCACGGGACACUCCUACAUCACGUAUGGGCCUCUGGCCAAUGGGGCUUCCAGUGUACUGUUUGAAGGCCUUCCAACCUACCCCGAUAUGAGCCGCCUGUGGGAGAUAGUGGACAAAUACCAGGUGACCAAGUUCUACACGGCACCCACGGCCAUCCGGUUACUGAUGAAGUACGGAAGUGAGCCUGUCCAGAAGUAUAAGCGCGAUUCUCUGAAAGUCCUAGGCACUGUCGGGGAGCCCAUCAACCCCGAGGCGUGGCAGUGGUACUACACUGUGGUGGGAGAACAGAGGUGCCCUGUGGUCGACACUUUCUGGCAGACCGAAACGGGUGGCCAUGUGUUAACGCCACUUCCUGCUGCCACGCCCACCAAACCCGGGUCUGCGACAUUUCCUUUCUUUGGUGUUGUUCCUGCAAUCCUUAACGAGUCUGGGGAGGAGCUGGAGGGACCAAACGAAGGCUAUCUGGUGUUCAAACAGCCUUGGCCAGGAGUGAUGAGGACAGUCUAUGGUGACCAUCAAAGGUUUGAAACAACGUACUUCAAGAAGUUCCCGGGCUACUACGUUACAGGAGAUGGCUGUCGGAGAGAUAAGGAUGGUUAUUACUGGAUCACGGGCAGGAUAGAUGACAUGCUGAAUGUGUCUGGUCACCUGCUCAGCACGGCGGAGGUGGAGUCGGCCCUGGUGGAGCACGCGGCCGUGGCCGAGGCGGCGGUGGUCAGCCACCCACACCCGGUGAAGGGGGAGUGUCUGUACUGCUUCGUCACUCUCAAGGAGGGCUUCGAGUACAGCAAGGCGAUGGAGACGGAGCUCAAACAGCUGGUGCGGGAAAAGAUUGGAGCUAUUGCGACGCCCGACUAUAUGCAGAGCGCUCCUGGAUUGCCCAAAACAAGAUCAGGGAAGAUCAUGCGCCGGGUGCUGAGAAAGAUCGCCCGGAACGACAAGGACCUGGGCGACACGUCCACGCUGGCCGACGUUGCCGUCAUCGAGCAGCUCUUCCAGAACCGCUGCAGCACCAUCGUGUAAGCACUCACCGCUGCUCGCCCACAAGGGGGCGCCGAUGACAGCGCUGUCGGUGCAAACGGACAAGAAGUAAAAUCGGGGAAAAAAUUUACAAAUCAUGGACGUAAAAUAAGAACAGACUUCUUAGGAAUGAUUGUAUCGUAAUGUGUUCUAGAUAUGAUUUGCUUCAUAUAUAUA